ACUCCUUGGCAACCGACCUGCCAUCAGCCCAUGGUGUGCAACCCUGCCUGCCCCUGCAUCCUCCAUCCACCACCACCCAUGCCACCCACCCCCACUCGGUCGUCACCUCUGACCUCAUUACUACAACUGAUAAACAUUUAUUCCAAACCACCCACUCACAACUCUCAACCUUGCAUCCAUCCAACACUACCCACAGGCUUGGGCCAGACCUCUGCUUGAAUCAAUACCCCCCUUGGCUGCUGCAAUCAUCAUGACAUCCGCAUACGUUGCCGGCCUCGUCCCGCGCAUCCGCCAGAUCCUCAAGUCGAGCGACCUGUCGACCAUCUCGGCCAAGGGCGUCCGCAAGACUCUCAUUGGCGAGGGCGAGGAUGAGGCGAUCAUCAAGGAGAAUCGGAAGGACAUUGACGCUCAGAUCGCCAUCAUCUAUGAAGAAUUCUGCAAGGACGAGGAGGCGUCAGAGUCGAGCGAGGACGAGCCGUUGACCAACAACCGGCGUGACUCGGCCUCGCACCACCACGCGCACCCGCCGUCGUCGCAGCCCGAGCCGCUCAAGAAGAAGGCCAAGACGGAGCCCAAGCACGAGCAGCAGGUGGAGAGCGACGAGGCCAUGGCGGCGAGAAUGCAGGCCGAGUUCGACGAGAUGGUUCGGGGCGGGAGAGGCCAGAGAUCGACGUCCAAGGCCAAGACAAAAAUCAAAAAGUCCAAGUCGGCGUCCAAGAAGAAGCGCAGCGCGAGCGACAUUGAGGAUUCGGACGACGAAAAGCCCAAGAAGCGCGGCGGGGGCGGCGGCGGCGGCGUGUUCAACAAGGAGCUGAUUCUGAGUGAUGCCCUCGGCGGCUGGCUAGGCGAGGAGCGCCUCUCGCGCCCGCAGACGGUCAAGCGCAUAUGGGAGUACGUCAAGGCGAAUGGACUGCAGGACCAGUCGGACAAGCGGUUCAUCCUGUGCGACUCGGAGAUGCAGCGCGUCUUCAACACGGAGAAGCUGCACAUGUUUACUAUGAACAAGCUCCUCUCGGCCCACUUCCGCGACCCCGACGAGGUUGUCUAGUCGUCCGUGCCCGCCUGCGCCGCUUGUACAGUACUGCUCUGCCUGGCCGGCUGGCCACGAACUGUGUAGAUUACCCGAGAUGUUAUACG